GUUAAAUGAGUGCUGCAGCAGCCCCACUUCAGACAGGGAUCCAUACAGAGACAUGUAGGCUUCUAAGACAAGACCCACAGUUACAACCGGACACACAGAGAGAGCUGCAUGGCACAAAGAGUCACCCACAGCCACAGCCUGUGUCCUGCUGCCCAUCCUGUGAGGCCCAGGGAUGUGCUGGUCAAGUCAGCAUCGGCAUAUGCAGACAUGCAGUGGGAGCAGCAGCCAAGGAAGGAUAGGAGCCACCCACAUCAGGACUACCCUCACAGGGAUCAGCCCCCAGUGGCUGGCUACGUUCCCCAGCCAGAUUACAUGGAGGGAGUUGAUGAUCUCAUCAAGCCAAAAAAGCUUCUUAAUCCAGUUAAAGCCUCCAAAAGCCACCAGGAUCUCCACAGAGAGCUGCUUAUGAGCCAGAAACGGGGUGGUGCUGUUGGUGUGGAGUCUAAGCCAGAGCUGCAGCGUGUGUUGGAAGCCAGGAAGAGGGAAAAAAUGAUCAAGCAGAGGAAGGAGGAAGAUGAGGCCAGGAAGAAGAUCUCCCCUCUAGAACAAGAGCUCCUGAAGAGGAAGGGGAAGCUAGAAGAGCUGGAGAAGGAGCAGGAAAAGCAAGAGGAGGCAACAGUGAGAGCCCCGGAGUUUGUCAAGGUCAAGGAGAAUUUGAGACGGACUUCUUUUCACAGUAAAGAAGAGAAAGAAGUGUAGAUACAAACCGUUGUAUAGAACUGAGUUUGAAUGGCCUGGAGUUUGCACACAUAUGUGUAUGUGUAUUGUGUUUAUUAUGUGGGUCAGUGUAUGCAGAACUGCUUUGAAGUGUUUGCUCUAACUGCAAAACUCAAGUCACAAGCAAGGAACAUCUACCUGCUACAAGAUCUGGUUGGCAAGCCAUGACAUGAUGCCUUCACUUUCAUACAUAGAGCAGAGAAACAGAGAAAACUUAACUCUGUAUAGGAUACUUUUACAGUCAAUAACAUAGGUCAAACUACUGCUCUCAAUACAAAAUAAAUGAUAUAAUAGUUAGUGUGAGAGUCUAAAAAGGAGGGGAUAGAGUGAAUGUGAAUGUUUUGUUACAAACUGCAGGAACUCUAAAAGGCCAAUUGUGUUUGUCCUACAUUUUGUAGCAAGGCAGGUGGUUCGAUUUUCAUUUUAAACUGACUCAAUCAUAUCCAAGAGUCAUUCGUUAGGAUACAGUAUCAGAAGCAGAACACUUUCAUCACAUACAAUCAAUUCAGUCUGAUAACGGGCACAAUUAAAUGCACACAAUAACCUACUAAUGCAAUUCAAGGUCAGAUGUCUUACUGUGAAGUCUCUCACUGAGUAAUCCCUAUCCUCUAUCCUCCCUAACAGUGCCUUUCUAGAUAUAGCUACUUGUCAUCCUAAUCAUAAAGUUAAAACCAAGGAACACAAUCAUUAUGAAACGACAUUUCAUCAAUCCUUUACUGUGAUCUGAGGCAUUUAUUGUGCUGUAUGUCCGUGAGUGUGAGCAGUGGUGUGAGUCCAUGUUGCAAAGAUGCAAGAGACCAACACAGUUAUUGAUAUUAUCUCUCACUUAUGUUUUGGAAAGUAAUAUGUAAGAUUUGUGCUAAAGGUGUGAGAUCAGGAACAAUAGAUAUCCUCAUAGAUAUCCUUGUAAUUGUAUCAGACAUAUUCACAAAAUAUUGUUAUAGCAAAACACAAUUAUAUACAAAGUAUAUGCAAUCAGUUGAAUAAAUAGGGUACAUAAUUAGACAUUUAAUAAUGUAUCUGAACAUUUAUUAUAGUAAUCGAUCUGUAAUUUGUAUUUUUUUUAUGCUAUCGUCUUAACUGAUGUUCCAAUAUGACUUUUUUUUUUAUUGCCUAUGCAGGAAGACAUACACAUUAACAUUUUGAAUUAUUGGCAACAGCUUCGGUUCUGCCCACAAAGGAUAAAAAAAAGUUAUAAUUGAAAUGCAUUCAUUUAGUGGCAUGUUACAUGGAUUCGAAUGUUAUAUCUUCAAAUAAUAAUGUAUUAAACCUAUAACUUAGUGGAUGCCUGACUUGUGGUAUAUAUGCAAAUCAGUCAUAUUUAAAUAAUAUUCUUAUUUCAAGCUAGGAGGCAAACAAACUGUAUACGCGCAGAUGUCCUUUGGGCUACUGCACAAAAAAGCUGUGAAUUGGCUGCUUUAUGCCACUAGCAUAACACCACAAAAUAUUUUCCAUCUCUUGGUAAAGAUUUUAGUUAAAAUAAUGAUACAAAAGUAGACAAUUCACUUAAACCGUGGUAGGUCGCUAGUGUUCUUCCACAAUGAGAAAAGGGAAUAAGCAAAAUCCCAUUCAAGUUAAAAAUAGUGAUGGAAAACAAUAUCCCGAUAUGUGCAAUUCAAAAACCCAACAAAGCCAGUGAUCUUUGUGUAAAUAUGUGUUUCAGGUUGCAGACUGCACAAUCAAAAUCGUGUAAUCAAGCUUUGGUUGUUCUGUAGUGUGACACAACUUGCUUUCAAAAAAAAGAUGGCUAUUUCCAUAUGCAUUGGUUUCAUAACCCAUCGAGUUAAUGCUGAAAGACAGUUAUCUUUAUUUACCCUGGCAAAUGUUUUGCUUUGUUGAUCUGUAAAGGCUAGUUCCAACCAACUAUUAGCAAAGGGCACCAAUGGUUCCUAGUUAUCAAAAUGUAUAAAUUAUAUUCUUAAUUUCUUAAAUUGGAUAUUCCUAGUGCAAUAGAAAAUUAAUAGUAAUCCAUUAUAUAGCUGUAGAAUGCAUGAACCAUGAAAAAUAGCAUAGUAGUUUCAAGCAAAACGUUAAAUCAAUGGAAUUUCCAUUAUUCUGAAGCUUUCUUUACCCUUCGUGGUCGCUGCUAAGGUAAACAAUAGACCUCAUGUCUUGGAAGACACAUACUGUGUCGGUCUUUUUCUAUAGAUUGCAAUUUCUGUGUUGGUGUUUUAUUCACCAAGUAUAUUGUUCUACUUGUCUCUGCCUUUACUGACUCCUGAAGCCACUUAAGGGGUUUUAAUGGUUUAAACUGUAUAUGAUAUAAACAUUACGUUUCAUUAUGUCUCAUUUCUUUUGAAGUCACUGUAUUGCAUAACUUACUAUGUUUAUAGCUUUUACAAUGACACAAUGAUUGUUAUUGAAUAACUUUGGUUUGUAUCAAAUUACUAUAGUAGAUAGAGCAUAUUUAGUAGACACAGCAUAUGAAAAAGGAGGUACAAAGGCUGAAGUAGAAUUGUAUUCUCUUCAAAAGAAAAUAAAUUACUAACAGUAA